AUGCCUGGAGCAAUCAAGCCUCUUUCCCUGCAAAUCACGCCUACUACCUCCGCUCUCGAGGCGCAACUAAGUGCAGGCAUGAGUGCUGCAUUGCUGCCUGAGCCGCUACCCCGCUUGCCCGUCGACAGGACACCUGCAGACCCAUGCGAGGCGGACAAGAAAACCCAGGACAGCUGGGUCAAGCGCAAUCCAAACCUGAUCCGUCUCACAGGAAAACAUCCAUUUAACGCCGAGGCCCCGCUUCCUGACCUUUUCGAGGCGGGAUUUCUCACACCCGCACACCUGCAUUUCGUCCGCAACCACGGUGCCGUCCCGCAGGUAGAUGUAGAGACGCUUGCAAAUUGGAUCAUCCGCGUGCACGGCCUCGUCGAGAGCGAGCGUGUCUUCUCUCUCAAAGACCUCCAAGAGUCGUUUGAGGUCGUGACACUCCCCGUCACUCUGGUCUGCGCGGGAAACCGCCGCAUGGAGCAGAACGUCGUUCGAAAGAGCCUUGGAUUUGACUGGGGCUCCGCAGGAGUGUCUACUGCUCUAUGGACCGGCGUGUACUUAGCGGAUAUUCUUGAUGCUGUGAGACCUAUUCGAAGGCGCGCAAAACAUGUUAUCUUCGAGGGUGCAGAUAAACUCCCCAAUGGACCUUAUGGAACGUCGCAAAAGCUAAGUUGGGCGAAGAGCAAAGACAGAGGGAUGAUGAUCGCUUGGGCCAUGAAUGGUGUCCCUUUAGAGCCAGAUCACGGCUUCCCCGUGCGCUUGGUUGUUCCCGGACAAAUAGGCGGUAGGUCUGUGAAGUGGCUCACGCGGAUAGAGGUUUCCGAUCGUGAAAGUCAACAUCAUCUACAUUUCCAUGAUAACAAGGUCUUGCCGAUGCAGUUGUCGCCCGAACGAGCACGAGAAGAGAGCAGCUGGUGGUACGACCCCAGCUAUCUGAUCACCGAGCUUAACGUGAAUAGUGCGAUCACCAAACCUGCCCACGACGAAUCGAUAGUUAUUCCUCCAGAUCUCUCUGAGAUGUCUAAAGAUACAUACACGAUGCGAGGGUAUGCAUAUGCCGGCGGUGGCAGGCGGAUUAACCGCGUGGAGAUCUCCAUUGAUGAUGGGCGAUCCUGGUUCCUUGCUAACGUCGAGUACCCUGAGGAUCUCUACCGCUCAACAUCGCAUACCAGCAAGACGUACGGCACGCUGGACUUGUCAGAGAGAGAUACAUAUUUCUGCUGGUGCUUCUGGUCAUAUGAGAUCCCGCUAGCGGAGCUGGCCUCCGCGAGCUGGAUUUAUGUCCGAGCGAUGGACGAGAGCAUGAAUACACAGCCACGCGACAUGUAUGUGAACGCGACAUCAAUGUUAAACAAUUGGUGGUUCCGAGUUGCUAUUUACAAAACGGACACUGGAAUCCGCUUCGUUCACCCCGCACCCGUGGGCAACACAUCGCCGGGCUGGAUGGAGAUUCUGAAAUCCUCCGGCGCGGAUAUACUGCGACCUGUAUCUGGAGAGCAACCGUCCCAAGCACAUGUCCCCGCGCAAGACCCUGAACCUGCCGCGAAGUUUGCCGUUCACGGCGAAGUAUACGACGCCACAGACUAUCUCGACAAACAUCCGGGGGGACCAGGUUCGAUCCUCUUGGUGGCCGGAGACGACGCCACGGAAGAUUUCAUGGCAAUUCAUUCGCUCGAUGCGAAACGCAAGUUAGCGCAGUACCACAUCGGCACCCUAGAGGACAGCGAGAAGGCGACGGAUGUUGUAACAGCGUCGUCUCCCAACGCUGUGUUCCUAGAACCAAAGACCUGGAAGCCAGUUACCCUUACCGAUAUCGAGCAAAUCAACCACGACUCUUACCUGUACCGCUUCUCGCUCGGAAGCGAUCAGCAGCCUCUGGGGCUUCCAACCGGCUACCAUGUAUACGUCCGGCUCAAACGGAAGGACACCGGGGUCCUUGUUCAGCGAGCCUACACUCCUGUCUCGAGGCACGACGCCGUGGGAUGUAUUGAGUUCUUAGUGAAGAUCUAUCAUCCGUCGCCGCAGUUCCCUGCGGGUGGGAAGAUGACCAUGGGAUUCCAUCAGCUGUCACUCGGUGACAACGUCGAGCUCAAAGGCCCCAUUGGGGAAUUUAUGUAUCAAGGGAGAGGCUCUGUCUCUGUGCAAGGCAUUUCGAGGAAAGUAACGGAAUUAGGGCUCAUUUGUGGCGGUAGCGGUAUCACACCAAUCCUUCAAGUCCUCCGCGCUGUCCUGCACGAUCCAUCAGAUGAGACGCGCCUGUGGCUGCUCAAUGCUAAUAGGACGGAAGCGGAUAUCCUCUGCAAGGCCGAGCUCGACGAGCUGCAUGCGCUCCACGGCAAAGGUCGACUGCACCUGCACUACACCCUCACGUCCGCACCAGAGGAUUGGAAGCACAGCACUGGCAGACUGACGGAUACGAUGCUGGUCACUCACCUUCCCCAACCUUCUCCAGAUGCCCUGAUCCUUGUAUGCGGCCCUAACGCCAUGAUUGACGAGGCGAUAAAACCCGGCCUAGAAAGAUGUGGCUGGGACAUAGACAUGUCGCUGGUGGUAUUCUGA